AUGGAGCCGGCGCAGGUCGAUGGCGGCAGCGGCAAGUUCAGGAGCCUGCCCCAUCCCCCCUCCCUAUUGUCGUCCGCUCACCACGGGCAGCGGAGGCGUGUACUCGAUGUGAGAGGCGGUGGCGAAGAGGAGGUGGGACUGCUCGUGGAGAACGUGCUCACGCCCGACGAGUGCGCCUUCUACGUGCGCCACCUGGACGAAGCCGGCAUGCAGCCCCUGGCGGCAGGAUCCGCCUCCUCUUCAGCUUCGGCCUCCGGUGAAGGCGAGUUUCCGGCGCACUACCGCACCAGCGACCGCCUCCUGACCCUCUCGCCCGACGCCGCUCGCGCCCUCUUCGAGCGCCUGCUGCCCUGCCUCCGUCCCUCUGAUGCGGUGGGGGUGCCCAUGGGGCCGGGGACUGAGGGCGUGUGGCUGCCCGUGGGGCUCAACGAGUGCCUCAAGUUUGCCCGCUACCAUCCCGGAGGCCACUUCAGUGCGCACAUCGACGGGCCGUGGGUGCCGAGCGCCAAGCGGGCGAGCAUGUUCACGGUGGUGAUCUACCUCAACGACGCCCGCUCGCAGCCGUCCUGCGUGGGCGGCCACACCAACUUCCUACGGCCGGCCAUCAACACACCACAGGCCCAGAGAAUCACUGAGUCCGCAGCAGAGUCGCAUAUCGCCAGGAGUCAGCAGGAGCACAACGUGGUAUACAGCGUUGAGCCCAAGACCGGUUCGGCCGUCGUGUUUCGCCACGAGCUGCUGCACGAGGGCGCACCGCUGCUAAGCGGCGUCAAGUACAUCCUGCGGACGGAGCUCAUCUUCGAGCGGGUGGACUCGGCCCUCACGCCGCGCUCGAUCUCACCCGAAGAAGAGCUGGCAUGGACUCGGAUCGUGAGCCUCUACGAACUCUCCGAGUCGCUGUACCGCGACAGGGACUCGACCGGGUUUGUGGAGGCCUACCUGGAGGCCCUCGAAUUGCAGCGCAGCUUCACGCCCAGCGCCUCCGCUGGUCGGGCCACCCUGCCAUUCUCCGUAUACGCCUCCCCUCAAGGCCAUUUUCACACUACCCAUGGCCAGUGA